AUGGCGGAGUGCGGAGGAGGAAUUGCGCACAGGCUAGCCAGCAGGAGGUGCUGCGUUUACAAGGAGCUGAGUUUCAUCGACAGGCGAAGGACCCGGAACAAUUUCCGAAACGUUUCGAUGAUUCCUCCUUUCAAGAAGCACCUCUUCGGCACGCGCUGGCGAUCGCUGGGCGUCAGCUACCGCAUUCUGAGCAUGGACGCUCGAGAGAAAUCAACUUCUACUGUACUUGAAUCAUCAAAGCACAAGAGGGUACCAGUAUUCGUUGUAAUGCCCAUAGACACAUUUGGUGCUGAUGCGUCUGGCAGUCUAAGGAUCAAAAGACUCAAGGCAUUAACUGUAUCUCUGAAAGCACUCAAGCUGGCUGGUGUCCAUGGAAUUGCGGUAGAGGUUUGGUGGGGAAUUGUGGAGCGUUUUGCUCCUCUUGAAUAUAAUUGGCGCCUUUAUGAAGAUCUUUUCAGACUGAUUUCGGAAUCAGGGCUGAAGUUGCAUGUUGCUUUGUAUUUUCAUUCAAAUGUACAUCAGCAUAGAAAGUGGGGUGUGAGUCUUCCACUGUGGAUUGCAGAGAUUGGUAAAAGCAACAAGGAUAUAUAUUACCAAGACAAAAGUGGUCUGUCCAAUGCUGAUUAUCUCACACUAGGAGUGGACAGACUACCUCUAUUUAAUGGACGGACUGCUCUCCAAUGUUACGAGGACUUCAUUGUCAAUUUCGCUAACAAAUUCGAACCUUAUAUUGGGAGUAUAAUUGAAGAAAUAAGUGUUGGUCUUGGUCCCUCUGGGGAGCUCAGGUAUCCAGCACAUCCUCUGGGUGACGGAAGAUGGCAAUUUCCUGGAAUCGGUGAAUUUCAAUGUUAUGACAAAUAUAUGAUGGAGGACUUGAGGAUCGCUGCAUGUCAGGUGGGAAAGCCUGAAUGGGGAGAUCGGGGACCUCAGAAUGCUGGUUGUUACAAUAGCCUUCCACCAGGGGUACCUUUUUUUGAAGAUGGACAAGAGAGCUUUAUAUCGGAUUAUGGGCGCUUCUUCCUUGAAUGGUACAGUGGCAAGCUAAUCUGUCAUGCAGAUGCUAUUCUGGCUAUGGCAGCUAAUGCAUUGAAGAAGUACCAGCAAACUGUAGAAACCUCGGUUCUGUUGGUGGCUAAAAUUGGUGGAAUAUACUGGUGGUACCAGACUAUUUCACAUCCGGCUGAACUUACAGCUGGUUACUACAACACUGCUCUCAGGGAUGGUUAUGAUCCCCUUGCAUCAAUGCUGUCCCGUCAUGGUGCUGCUUUGCAUAUUCCCUGUCUAGAGAUGAUGGACAGCGAGACCCCACCAUCUUAUCUUUGCAGCCCUGAAGGCUUACUCCAACAGAUAUGCAAAAUUUCAAACAAAAGAAUACAUUUGAUUGGAAGAAAUGCUAAUGAACGGUUGGAUAAGACGGGAUUAAGGCAAAUACUGGCGAACUGUAAUCACCCGCAGGCAGAAGCUGUAAGGUCAUUUACUUAUUUCAGAAUGAACGAAAAGAUCUUCUCAGUAGAAAACUGGAAUAAUUUUGUUCCCUUUGUUAGAAAGAUGAGUUCAGAUUAUUGA